AUGGACCGGAAAAGAGAGCAUGGAGAGGUAGACUUCUACCUUAACCCAGCCUAUCUCACUGAGGCACGGUUGCUUUCGGCUUCUACCUUAACAGAUAUGGGGAAGGAUCCCGAGUCCGGUAAUGCCAGUACGGGGAUUCGGUAUGGACAGCCGCCAAGCCAGUGCCUGCGAGACGACAGAAGAGGUUGUUUGAUGAUACGAGGGAGGCGGAGAAGGUGCUGCACUAUCUGGAGGCCAAGCAGCCACGUGAGGUGGGCGUUAAUGCUGGUGUCGACGCUGACACAUGCCUCAGUGGCAACUCUGGCUCACCACGCAGCACCCAUCGAGGUGCCGGGGCUGGAACCGGCUUUGCGCCACAUUGCGGGCAAGGCUGAACUGCUGUCUCGUGCGCCAAUAUCAGAUAUGCGUAGAUACGAGGAGCUGGCCAUGGAGCUUGCGUGGGCGGAGUGUGUCGUAGCUCAGGUGGCCUCGCUGGAACACAAGCUGUGUCCUGGUGCUGGUCAGACUCAGGAGAUGAGAAAGUUCCUCGCGGCUCUGGUCACGCAGCCUGAAGCUCUGGUGCCGGGAGGUCCACGGGGAGACAUAGCUUCCCGCAUCCGAGCCAUGUUCUCUGAGGCCCAUAAGGCUUCCCAGAUGAUAUCGGACAACGACCCUUCAUCGCACAUCACGACUGAAACCGUGGAGUCCCAUCUCGUCUUCGGUAUUCCCUCCAGCUUCGGAGCGCGAGUUUAUUCUCAGAGUGUUGGCUCCUCGGCCUGCUCCGACUUCCCUCAUCACCCCACACCGUCUUUCUGUCCGCUUGCGCAAAGAUGAGAUCAUUAUGGCCGGCUGCUUCUCGCAAGAUACUACAUUCCAGUAGAUUUGUCCUCGGCACUCGUUAAGUUUGCUCAUUUUAUACGAUAAUUUGUUGGAAUUUAUCUAAUAAAGUAUAUUGGCUUGGUUG